GAGACACUAAGGCGGGUGAAGCAGCGACGUGUGUGUUUCUGGUGGGCCGAGAAAGCCGCCAAGUGACCUGCCACUGAGUGUGUGUGAGUGCAUGUGCAUAUGUGUGCACGCCAUGUUGAGAUGUGGGUUCUGCCUGGGCCUUGCCUUCUGGAUGUGCUACAUGCAGAUUAUUGCUGCUGUCUUGUUUUGGCCACCACCUGCCACCGAGGUUCCAAAGACGCCUACUGCGGAGGACCGUCCUGGUACCGGGCAGGAUGGGGAGAGUCUGUCCAGUGUAGGGAAGGAGAUCAUGAAUGUGGCCAAUGGGAUUCAAGACUUUGUAAGGAAAUGGGACCUGGAGACACCUGAGAGUGAUGCUGCCCGAGCCACUUCUCAAGCAGGAGGUGAUCAUGUAUCCAUCACUCGUCAAGUGAGAGGAGGUGGGCAUCUGAAGGACCAGGGCACACAGGUUUCUGUUACUGGGCAACCAGAUGAUGGUCAUAUGAUUGACUCAGGUAUGGCUGUCACCGUUUCCCAGACUGACUUUGACACACCCACUGCAGUAACUCGGCAAACAGAAAAUAAUCAGAGCACAACCAUCCCUCUUAAAGGUGAAGAAGAUGGAAACCUAACUGACCUGGUCAUAACCUCUGUGGUAGGUCAGCAACCAGAGAACAAUCAGAGCCCAACCAUAACUCUUAAAGGAGAAGAGGAUGGAAACCUGACUGACCUGGUUACAACCACUUUGGUAACUCAGCAACCAGAGAUCAAUCAGAACACAACCAUCACUCUUAAAGAUGAAGAAGAGGAACACCUGGUUCACCUCAUCACAACCUCUGCAGUAAUGCAGCAACCGGAGAACAAUCAGAGGACAGCCAUCACUCUUAAUGGGGAAGGAGAUGGAAACUUGACUGACCUGGUCACAAUUGCUGCAGUAACUCAGCAACCAGAGAACAAUCAGAUCACAACCAUCACUCUUAAAGGGGAAGGAGAUGGAGACCUGACUGACCUGGCCACAAUCUCUGAGGUAACUCCUCAACCAGAGUACAAUCAGAGCACAAGCAUUACUCUUAAAGGGGAAGGCCUUGGAAACGUGACUGACCUGGUCACAACGUCUGCAGUAACUCAGCAACCAGAAAACAAUCAGAUCACAACCAUCACUCUUAAAGGGGAAGAAGACGGAAACCUGACUGACCUGGCCGCAACCUCUGCAGUAACCCCACAACCAGAGAACAAUCAGAGCACAACCAUCAAACCUAAAGGGGAGAGACAUGAACAAUUGACUGACAGGGGCACAGUUUCUUCUAUCAGACAAGAAAGUGUUACCAGUCAACCGUGGACCAUAGCAGAAGGACUUCACCUGGCUGAUAAUAUGUCAUUAGUGCAGGGUGUAUCCAGUAGCUGGGGAUUGUCUGAGCCUGGUUCUGCUUUUGGAUCUGAGUCUGUGUUCUCACGGACAGAGAUGCAGCACAGCACACCUAUCCCUGGUGGUGCUUCGGGCCAUGUGAGGUUUGUAAGCAGCUUUGCUGCUGAGAAACAGGUAGAGGAGCUCAGCCUGGAGAAGACUAACUUCUCCCAAAUUACUGCAGACAAGCCUGACACCACAGCGAUGCAGAAUCACACUGGUAACACUGGCGUGUCCCUACUGCAGCUAAUAAUGGGCAUGUCUGCGGUCACGUGUGCCCUCAGCCCUGUGUUUGGCCCGAAGAUGCCCAUGAGUCAUCUGGCACGCUCUUACUUGCCUGGCACUUUCUACCGCGACUUCUCCCUGCUUCUUCACCUUCGGCCAACAUCACCCAAGGCAGGCGUGGUCUUCUCAGUCACAGAUUCUGGCCAGCACCUCCUGCUGGUGGGGCUCAAGCUGUCAGCCGUGCAAAAUGAAACUCGCCAGCUGCAGUUUUUCUACACGCAGCCAGGGUCUGAUGCCUCCCACCUUGCUGCCAGCUUCCCUCUGCCUGUGCCUACUGACAGCUGGACCCGCCUGGCACUUGCUGUAGUUGGAAACCAGGCUGUACUCUAUGUCAACUGUGAUCCAAAGCCCAUCACAAGACACUUCAAGCGUGGCCCUGGUACCAUCAAGUUGAAGGCCUGUGCCAGUAUAUUUGUGGGAAGCGCUGGGAGGGUGGACCCUGACAACUUUGUGGGUUUGAUCGAGGACCUGAGGCUAGUGGGAAAUCCACAGGCAGCCCAGCGGUACUGUGAGGAUGAGGAUGAUUCAGAUAUGGCCUCUGGUGAAUCCGGAAGUGGUGAUGGGAACAUGGCUCAGAUGGAAAUGACAACACCUUCACCUCUGCAUACCAUUCAGCAGCUACCACUGACACUGGUACAUUGUCAAGAAGAAAAAGCCAGACUCAAAGAGAGAGGUUUGAAGGGUGACCCUGGGCCCCCCGGUCCUCCAGGGCCCUCUGGCCCACCAGGGCCCAUUAUGGAGAUUCAUGGGAACAGCUCUGUGGUCCAACCAGGACCCAGGGGCCCACCGGGACCACCCGGACUCCCGGGUCCAGCUGGGCCUCCUGGAAUGGACGGACGGCCAGGUAGCUGUGGAAGAAAUGUCAGGCCUAGCCCUGUGGGACCUCAGGGCUUCCCAGGAAACCCAGGCAGUCCAGGAGUCAAAGGUCAAAAGGGAGAACCAGGAGAGGGGUGGCCUGGCCCCACAGGACCAUCAGGGCCCCCAGGACUGCCGGGACAGCUUCUGUAUGACAAAUCGACGUUUGCAGACAUGGAGGGCUCUGGACUUCUCGAUCUGGAGAGUUUACGUGGUCCACCAGGCCCUCCUGGUCCACCAGGGCCCCCAGGACCCCCCACAUCUGUGGGGCCACAUGGAAUACCUUUAUUUGGACCCACAGGCCCUCUAGAAAAGGACAGCGCCCUUGGCUUGCAGGGUCCCCCUGGCAGAGAUGGUCAUUCAGGAGCCCCGGGACCCAGAGGAGAAAAGGGGGAUGCAGGGGACCGGGGCCUCCCUGGGGCAGUUGGGCAGAAGGGUUCCCAGGGUGCACCAGGUAGGCCAGGAGAAGAUGGACGUCCUGGACCAAUGGGAGCUUCUGGUCCACCUGGUCUGCCUGGCCCUCCAGGACCAGAUUACAAUGGAAAUGUUGACCACGUGGAUGGUUCUGGCAUGGAUGGGACAGCGGGAGAUUUAGGCCCCAGAGGCCCACCAGGCCAGAAGGGCAGCCCCGGCCUCCCAGGGGAGAAGGGCAGUGAGGGUCUCCCUGGAAAGGAAGGCCAGCCUGGACUGGGUGGAUUCCCCGGACCUCCGGGACCAAAAGGUACAAAAGGUGACAAGGGAGAAAGAGGUGUGCCAGGUCAAGAUGGCAAAGGUAUCCCAGGGCCACCUGGUGUUCCUGGCCCCCCAGGGCAGAUAAUAUAUCAAGUCUCGGACAACGGUGUACUUGGUCUUCCUGGUCGAGCAGGAUUCCCUGGACCUAUGGGACCUAAGGGGAACCAAGGUGAACCCGGACCUCCAGGAAUUUCUAUAAAGGGAGAGAAGGGAAUCCCAGGCCUGACAAUUAGACCAGAUGGCAAACCCAUGAACUUGGAAGCACUGAUGGGACAAAAGGGUGACCUUGGACCUCUUGGACCUAUGGGACCAGCUGGACCUCCUGGGCUGCGGGGCUCCAAGGGUGAAAUUGGGAUGCCAGGACGAGCAGGUCGUCCAGGAGUGAAUGGCUCAAAAGGAGAAAAAGGAGAGCCAGCCAGUGGCACGAAAUAUGGUAACCCUGGUCCCCCUGGGCGUCCUGGCCCUCCUGGCCCCCCCGGCCCCCCUGGACCCCUGCUCUCCCCAAGCAGAAUAGAUGAUGAUGGUGCCUCACAACUGCAUCCAAUAUGGCGAGAGCUGAAAGGGGAGAAGGGAGAUCGUGGACCUCCAGGUGUUUCUGGAACACCAGGUCUUGACUACCACACAAUUCAGAGUCAUCUUAAAGGAGACAAAGGAGACAUGGGCUCCAAGGGGGAAAAGGGAGAGCCAGGUGGGGUCCAGGGGCCACCAGGACCUCCGGGAAUCCCUGGGCCACCAGGGCCAGAAGGAGAAUCUAUCAGAGGGCCCCCUGGUCCUGAGGGUCCACCAGGGGCACCUGGAAUCGGCCAUAAUGGGCCACCUGGAUAUCCUGGGCCUCCAGGUCUCCCCGGACCACCAGGAUCCCUGUCAUUGCCAGGGGCUUACAGACCUAUACAUGGGCAACCUGGGCCCCCAGGCCCCCCUGGUCCCCCUGGACGUCCUGGAGUACCCUCUGGGGUGACUGUGAUGAGGUCAUAUGAUGCAAUGGUGUCAUCUGCACAGCAGCGUCCAGAGGGAACACUUGUAUACCUUAUGGAUCAGACUGACCUCUAUGUUCGAGUCGGGGCCGGCUUCCGCCAAGUCAUGCUGGGCGAGUACAGGCCAAUCUACAGAGACCAGGACAAUGACCUGGCAGCAACCCAGACCACCACAGAUGUUCAGUCCUCUCCAGGACGCUCUACCCACACAGCUGUGGAGUCCACACAGCCGGACAGUUGGAAGCCUGAUUCCAGAUACCACCCGGGGCUGCCUGACAACCAUUAUCACGUCCCACUAGACCCCCGCUAUGCAGUCUGGCCUGACAGUUGGUACCCCAGCACACCUCAGCGGUAUCCCAGUCAUCCAAUAUCUCAGCCUGUCCCGAGUCACGCCCAUAUGUCAGGACCGGGGCUACACUUGGUCGCCCUCAAUGCGCCACAAAGGGGCAACAUGCAUGGCAUCAGGGGGAUUGAUCUCCUGUGCUUCCAGCAAGCCCAGGCUGCAGGGCUCCAGGGAACCUUCCGGGCCUUCUUGUCGUCUAGGCUUCAGGACAUCCACAGUAUUGUGCGCAAGUCUGACAGGGACAGUCUGGCCAUAAUCAACAUCAAGGACCAAGUACUGUUUGACAGCUGGGAAUCUCUCUUUGGCGACUCUGAGUCAAAGGUGAAAGACGGUGUGCCCAUUUACUCCUUUGACGGUCGGGACAUCCUCAGGGACUCGGCUUGGCCCAACAAGAUGGUGUGGCAUGGCUCAAAUGCUCAGGGCCAGCGGCAGGAAGACAGCUACUGUGACUCCUGGAGGACGGAUGCCCAGGAGGCCGUGGGCAUGGCUUCGUCUCUGUUGGUGGGGGAGCUUCUCCAGCAGGUCCCCACCAGCUGCUCUAGCUCUUAUUUAGUGCUGUGCAUGGAGAACAGCUAUGUGCCGCAGGCUAAGAGAUAGACAAGGGGCCUCGCUCACUUGGUACUUUCAGUAUAACCUACAUACAACACUCCACGAAAAGGAGGAGUGUCCCUUUAAGACGGUAUUGUGCCCCUUUUAGAAAGUAUGUGCCUCAUGGCAUGCAGAAUAGCUUCCUCCCCAUCUAUAAAGCCAAAAAAUGUCAUCAUAAUUGCCAGAUUUAACCAACCGCAUUCAUUUAACCAAUCUUUUGUAAGUUAAUCCCACCAUGAACUGUGGAAUAUUGACUGUUGCAACCUUUCAGAUAUUUUUAUUUCAAUUCAAAUAUUUUUCCAUUUUCAUUUUUUUUUUUUCCAAGUUUGAGAUAAGUUUCCAAAUGAAGGAUUAUCUUGUCCGACUACACAGGAGUGUUGUUACACGAUAAAAAUGUAGCAAUUCAAAGACAUGACAGAACAAUGUUCUGAUCAGACACGGUGAGGAUAACAUAUUUAACUUAAUAUUAAGAAAUAUUACAUUAAAACAAAAAGUUUGACACAUCUUUAAUUUUAACGUAUAUGCAUGAUUUACAAUGUGAUGUCAGAUGCUGACAGACCCAGGGCAUUUUAACCUCCCACUCCAUCUGCUGUUGGGGAGGCACUGGUUUAAUGGCAUCUGGAGAUCAGCACUAAGUGGGUAUGAGCCCCCCCACCACUAACUGAGCAUAGUGCUAAUGGCAGCUGAACACCAGGACGGGCCGUGGGUCAAGCCUCGGCUGGAUUUACAAUACGUUUUACUCAAAGAGCUUAUGACUGUGGGGGCCUCCUUGACUGAAAUUCUGAUUAAUUCAGGGUUACUCAUGUGUUACUGAUCCGGUCAGAACUUGUGGAUCGCUAUUACUUUUACAUGUACUGAGUUUACAAGGCACAGAAUAAAUUUGCUUUUAAAGUUA